AUGGAUACAGCACUUAUAACGUUGGAUGCAUUCACUAAAGCAUACGAGUGUAUUCUGGAAUGUGUGGAAGAAGAAUUUGGCAAGCGAAAAAAACGGUUGACAGCUGACAACACUAAAUGUAUUGCUAAAAUGCACAAAGUACUGGUGAAUCAAAAAAUAAGCAUUUUGCGAAAUGGAAAUACCUUAACUGAAACAGUUGACUCAUUAUUGUAUGAUUGGGAAGAAUCAGCACCGCAGUCAAUAGCAUUACAGCAACUCGUCGCACUUCUUUCCAAACCAAUUAUGAGGAAGAUUUCGUUUACAUCAUUUUUUAAUUUUUCAUCACCAGUUGUAUUCCAGAGUUUAUUCUCCGUAUAUGACAUUGUUUCCACUCGCAGCUAUCUUCCACAGUUGCCAGAAAUACCUUACGAAGUUGAUGAUGAUGAAGGUAUUGCUGUUAAAUUGGUGCGCCUAGUUAAAGGCAAUGAAGCUAUUGGUGCUACUAUAAAAUGUGAUGCUGAUGGAAGAGUUUAUAUUGCCCGUGUAAUCAUAGGUGGAGUUGCUGAUCGCAGUGGAAAUAUUCAAGUAGGAGAUCGGAUUCUGGAGGUGAAUGGUGUCAGCGUUACUGGUAUGAGUCCAAAUGAAAUUGUAAAAUUAUUGGGCAACGAAAAUAGUGGGAUUAGUACUGUUACUUUUAAAUUAGAACCCGCUGAAAUACCUGCAUUUAUUUUCUCACAAGAGUCGCGACAUGUUCGAGCUCUGAUUGAUUAUUCUGGUAGUCGAGAUUCUCUACAUCCUUGUCCAGAAACUGCUCUUUGCUUCACUCGAGGAGAAAUAUUGGAGUUAGUAGUAACCGGUGAUGAGCACUGGUGGCAAGCACGUUCACUUGGACAUGGUUCUUUUGCGACAUUACCGCCAGCAACCUUCGCUAAUCAAAAUCACCAACGAAUGGGUCUCAUUCCUUCUGAAGAAUUACAGCAAAAACGUUUAACUCUGAAGGAAAAUGAAAAAUACAAAUGCAGUUAUCGAAGGACCGCAAAAACUAUCUACGGGAUCGGUAAUUUGUUAUAUGAGUCAGUAUCACUGUUGUAUCCCAAACAAUCCAGCAUCAGGCCAAUAGUUUUGAUAGGGCCUCCAGGUGUGGGGCGUAAUGAACUCAAAAAACGGCUGAUUGCGAUAAACAGUAGUCGUUACGGCACAAGUGUACCGCAUACUAGUCGUCCUCAGCGCUAUAGUCCAAACGAAAAGGAGGGUAUUGAUUAUCAUUUUGCAAAGCGUGAAGAAAUGGAACAGUGGAUAAAACAGGGACGAUUUUUAGAAUACGGAGAAUAUAAAGAAAAUUUGUAUGGUACACUUGCUGAUUCCGUCCUUGCUGUUAUGAAACAGGGACGUGUGCCUGUAUUGAGUACUCAUCCCCUGGCAUUGCGGUUCUUGCGUUCUAAACUUUUCAAAUCAUUCAUUGUUUUUGUUAAACCACCAUCAUUUGAUGUUCUUAAGGAAACUCGACGUCAACAUCGUGCGCGAAAUUUGCAGUCUGCAGAUUCUGGGCGACGAGAUGGUGCAUCAGUUGCAAAUCAUGGAUUCACAGAUUUAGAAUUAGAACAAAUGAUCUCAGCUGGUGAACAGCUUUUUCAAAUCUAUGGGCAUAUGUUUGACCACGUACUUAUUAAUGCCAAUUUUGGAGCUUCAUUUGAACAGUUACGUAAUGUAGUAAGUAGGUUAGAACGUGAACCUGCCUGGGUACCUUCUGAUUGGGUGCAAUAG